CUCUUUGAACACUUCCAGCCUGACCUUUGAGAAGUCCCUGAUAAGCAGCUAUCAGAGGAGUUAACUUGGACAAACCCGCCCCCGCCCACCUUGCUAAACUGCGGAGCAGCUUCCAAGGCCAGAGUCAUUGUGUGUCAGCCGGAACCUGAUCCAGAAACUGCCGGGAAGGGCACAAAGUUUAGUCUGUGAGCAAAGAGACGUCUGUUGUUCGGUCGCCUGUUUGGGGCCGUUGGGCCAGACUCCGCCUUGCUGUGCUAGAGAAGACUUCUGGGCCCUUCGUGGGUAACUGCAAGAGAGCGGCUCCAUUUGCCUGACCUGAUGGAGAAGCACAUGGACGGUGGCAUUGAAGGAUAUGCGUCCUCCCUGUCGCUGGAAGCCUGAGAUCAGCUCGCAGGGCGGAGCGGAGCGGCCGGUGAAAGCUGCAGAUGACGCCGCGCUCUCCUGGGGAUGGGAGCGCCAGGCCGGGAGCGCACCGUAUGAAGGUCCUGAAGCCCUUUCUUGUGACAGGACUGUGCCCACACAGUUCUCUGAACAUCCUCCCCAGUUCUUAUGCACACCCAUGGCACAAUGAGCAGCCCUCAGGAGCAGCUGAGCUGGUCUUCCUCGCCCACCGUGACCUUGAGUGAGAACCGAGCCUUUGGCGGGCUUCAUGACGAGCGCACGUCCCCCAGGAGCCACCCUUCUCCCAAGUUCUUUGAGGAUGUGGGAGAGAAGGGGGUGCUGCGAGCCGAGCUCACAGAAGGCCUGACGAGCCCCAUCGCCACAACUGCACUGACCAGUGUCAGCGAGGAUUCCAGGGACCAGUUUGAGAACAGCGUUUUGCAGCUCAGGGAACAAGAGGAAUCAGAGCUGGCCACUUCUCAGGGCAACAGCCAUGUGGGUGAUGGAGAGAACACCAGCGGCACAGAGGACGUUAAGAUCCAAUUCAGCCGAUCAGGCAGUGGCAGUGGCGGCUUCCUCGAAGGCCUUUUUGGCUGCCUGAGGCCUGUGUGGAACAUCAUAGGCAAGGCCUACUCCACUGACUAUAAGCUCCAGCAGCAAGAUACUUGGGAAGUCCCCUUCGAGGAGAUCUCAGAGCUGCAGUGGCUGGGCAGCGGAGCUCAAGGCGCCGUCUUCUUGGGUAAGUUCCGAGCAGAGGAGGUGGCCAUCAAGAAGGUGAGGGAGCAGAAUGAGACAGACAUCAAACACCUGCGGAAGCUGAAACACCCCAACAUCAUCGCCUUCAAGGGCGUUUGUACCCAGGCCCCAUGUUACUGCAUCAUCAUGGAGUACUGUGCCCAUGGGCAGCUCUAUGAGGUCUUACGAGCUGGAAGAAAGAUCACUCCCCGGCUGCUAGUGGACUGGUCUACAGGGAUCGCCAGUGGCAUGAAUUACUUACACCUACAUAAGAUCAUCCAUCGGGACCUGAAAUCCCCCAAUGUGUUAGUCACUCAUACAGAUGCAGUCAAAAUUUCUGACUUUGGUACCUCAAAAGAACUCAGUGAUAAAAGCACGAAAAUGUCCUUUGCUGGCACGGUGGCAUGGAUGGCCCCUGAGGUGAUCCGAAAUGAGCCAGUCUCGGAAAAAGUGGACAUCUGGUCCUUUGGGGUGGUCCUGUGGGAGCUGCUGACCGGGGAGAUCCCAUACAAAGACGUGGACUCGUCGGCCAUCAUCUGGGGUGUGGGCAGCAACAGCCUGCACCUGCCUGUCCCCUCCACGUGCCCCGAUGGCUUCAAGAUCCUCAUGAAGCAGACCUGGCAGAGCAAACCACGCAAUCGGCCUUCUUUCCGCCAGACGCUUCUGCACCUCGACAUUGCCUCUGCAGAUGUGCUUGCAACGCCUCAGGAGACCUACUUCAAAUCUCAGGCCGAGUGGAGGGAGGAAGUGAAAAAACACUUUGAGAAGAUUAAAAGUGAGGGGACUUGCAUACACCGGCUGGAUGAAGAGCUCAUUAGGCGCCGGAGAGAAGAGCUCAGGCACGCACUGGAUAUUCGGGAGCAUUAUGAGCGGAAGCUGGAACGAGCCAACAACCUGUACAUGGAGCUGAGCGCCAUCAUGCUGCAGCUGGAGGUCCGGGAGAAGGAGCUUAUCAAGCGUGAGCAAGCCGUGGAAAAGAAGUAUCCUGGGACCUACAAACGGCACCCUGUGAGACCCAUCAUCCAUCCAAACGCGGUGGAGAAGCUGAUGAAGAGGAAGGGAGUGUCUCACAAACCGGGAUUUCCCACAAAACGGCCAGAUCUCCUGCGCUCUGAAGGCAUCCCCACUGUGGAGGUGGCUCCCCAGGCAUCCCCUGUGUCCGGGAGCCCCAAAAUAUCGACGCCAGGCAGCAAAGGCCGAUACCGCAGCAAGCCCCGCCACCGCCGGGCCAAUAGCAAAGGCAGCCAUAGUGACUUUGUGGCCAUCUUGAAAAACCAGCCAGCGCAGGAGGCCUCCCCCCAGGGCACAUCCCCCUGCCCACCUCCUGCCCACCUCCAUCCUCCCCAUCAUCACAGCUCCCAGCCACAACAGUACCCCCAGCCCUCGAAGCUCUCAGCCCAUGACCACCACCCCAGGUUCACCCUGCAUGGACAGGACAUUGCCAGCUGUGCUAACAAUUUAAGGUACUUUGGGCCUGCAGCAGCCCUCCGCAGCCCGCUCAGUGACCACGCUCAAAGACAGGUGUCCGGCUCCAGCCCUGACCUCAUCUCCACAGCCAUGGCAGCAGACUGUUGGAAGGGUUCAGAGCCCCCAGGGGGCCUGGCUGGCCCUUGGGCCUGUUGUCAGGCAGACCCCUAUGACCCCUGCCUCCAGUGCCAGCCAGAGCCCAGCCGGCCACGGGAAGCAUCUUCAGAGCCAGAGUCCCAGAGCUCUGGCCUCCACCCGUCUAUGCCCCCAGCCCACAGUGGCCUCUGUGAAGCUGGGCAGGGCCCUGACAAGAUGGAAGCUCAAGAAUUUCAUGACUGCCAACCUAUGUCCUCCUUCAGCCCCGCCCAGCACAUGACCCCUCCAAUGCUACCUCGAAAAACAAGACCCCUUCCGAAGAGUGGUGACGACUCUUCGGAAGAGGAAGAAGGAGAAGUAGACAGUGAAGUUGAGUUUCCCCGAAGACAGAGGCCACACCGCUGUAUCAGCAGCUGCCAGUCCUACUCGACCUUCAGCUCAGAAAAUUUCUCUGUGUCCGAUGGAGAGGAGGGAAACACUAGCGACCACUCCAACAGCCCCGAUGAGCUUGGCCGCCGGCUGGAAGACCGCCUGGCUGAAAAGCUGGAGGACUUGCUGUCCCAGACCCCUGAGAUCCCCAUCGAGAUUUCCACCCAGUCCGAUGGGCUUUCAGACAAGGAGUGCGCUGUGCGCAGGGUGAAGACUCAGAUGUCCCUGGGCAAGCUUUGUGCUGAGGAGCAUGGCUACGAGAAUCCUGGGCUGCUGGGGGAAUCCGACUGUGACUCGUCGGAUGGGGAGUGCUCGGAUGCCACGGUUCGGACCAACAAGCACUACAGCUCAGCCACAUGGUAAUGACUGCAAGCCGGCAGCCGGAAGGUCACCUUGCUGCCUGCCCCCAGGCUCCCUGGGCUACCCCACCUUCUCCUCCCCAAAGUGACCGGCAAUAACAGGGACAUGAGACUUCACAUCACACAUCUCUUGAGGGGAAAAUGGUGUCCAAAUGAAGUUAAUUCUCACUGAGCAUUUCAAUCAAGAAUGGCAGGGAUCUUUUAUUGACUCUUCUAGCUACUGUAACAUGAAUAUUUAUUUUUGUUUGACAUUUUAACACUUUGUACUGUAAAGAGUGAACUAUAUAUGGUAUAUGUAUAUGUUAUAUAUACAUAUAUAGAGAGACACAAUAAUUUGUUGCAAAAAAAAUUAAGAAGGAAAUAGAAUUUAGGAGCAACGUCCCUCGGAGUUUAUGGGGCCAGGAGUUAGUGCUGCUGAUUGAAUAGGGGACCAGGCCUUUGGGCCCUAGCAAUGAUGGAAAAGGCAGAGCAAAAACCCAUUGAAAAAAUAGGGAACAGAGAAGAAAAAUCCCAGCAAUAUCAUGUAAUUUGCAAGCAGAUCCCCCAAGCUGAGCUCCCAGCUGGAAGAGGGGCUCAGGACUCCAGAUGCCCAAGGGCUGGAGGCUAAGAUACUCCCUUGGAGCGGCAGGAGGCUGAUUUUAUUUCUUUGACUUUUUAAGCACAUCUGGCUGUCAGGUCCCUACCCAGUUCUCCUGUGAGUUCGUGGGCUUCUUCAGUUCUUCUUGGGACCAUCCCCAGUGUGACCUGGACAGGCCCACUGACUUCUUGCACAGCUCCGUUAGUCCUGGGCAUCUGAUUGCAGUCUGUCAGUCUCUUCUCCACCUCCUGUCCACUUUGCCCAGAAAAGGAGUGAAGCAUCUGGGGCUGAGCUUAAUGAUGCAGCCAGGAUGCAAAUCCUGCUUUCCAAUAGCGGUUUCAACCCCAUCCCUUUAGUUUGUAUUUAUUAAUUCUUUAUUAUUUAGAGAGCCUCGGGUCCCCACCAGGUCAGGCCUUAGUCUACAAGAGCCAGACAACUCGGGAAGAUUCCCCAUUCUACCCCCCACCCCCCACCCUGAAACAGAAUGUGAUUGUAAGUGUAUUCUCCUUGGUCAAAGAACUGUCACAUGUCCUUUUCCUCUGGGACUUAGAAGGGUCCUGGAGGAAAACCCCAAGUACAGCUCUGGGCCUAUCCCUGGGUGGAAGCCCAUCCACUCCAGGCCAAGGGCUCAGGAACCCUUUCCAGGGGGGGCUGAAAAAGGAAGGAGCGAAUGAACUUCAGGGCAGACCAGUGUUAACCUGGGUCCCAUCCCCUGGCCCCAGGUAUGCUUUUUCGUAGCCUAGGCCCUCUCUUCCUCCCUCCCUCCUCUCUCCUUCUCUCUCCUGCCCCCUCCCCCUGCCCCGCCCUCCCCAGGCCUAGGAAAGCUAGCUGGAUUCCAGCAGCACCCUGCCUUCCUAGAUCGAGGCAUAAAAAUGGCUCCAGAUCAAAGCAGUGUCAUCCCCCCCCUCCACAAACACACACCCCCACACACACACACCCACACACACACACACACACACACACACAAACACACACACGUGCAUGCACUUCCCUCCUGUGGGUCUCACUGGCUACACCAGCCUCAGAAGGCAGGGCAGGAGGGGACUCGGGGCCAGUUUCCUUUACUCAUUGGGUACAUCUGUUUGUUUACACAUAAUGUUGAGACAUUGAUUUUAAUUUUGCGGCUAUGAUCGAUAGCCCUUAGGUAGGAUCAAGGAACAGUGGGUUUUCUCCAUAGAGCAGUAUUGUACAAGCUAAAUUAUUCCAUUUUAUAAAACUUCUGUAGCUGGACUACACAAGAGAUCUUAAGUUAUGGCAUUUUUAUCAUUAUUUUAUCAUCAGUAUUGUUGUCACGAUCAUUUUUCUGUCGAUCAGGUUCGGUUUACAGUGGCACACAAAUGAUUGAGUAUUUAUUGCUGACAGUGAACUGUGUGAUUUUAUAAAGGAACAAAAGAUA